CGGUUUUGGGGUCCCAGGUCCAUCUGACCCCCCCUUACCCCCCCCAGGCUCCCUCCUGGCCGAGUUCUUCUCGUUUUUCGGGGGGUUGGACCUUCCCCGGCUCCUCCUGUCCCCCCGCGAGGGCCGAGCGCUGCCCCGGCCCCCCCCCCGGCGCUCUGGGGGGGCUCCGCGCGGGCCCCCUGACCCUGCAGGACCCCUUCGAGCUGAGCCACAACGUGGCCGCCAACGUCCCCCCCCGGGCCGUGUCCCGGUUCAGCCGCUGCUGCCGCGAGGCCGCCAAAUUCUGCCGCGGCCCCGAAUUCCGGCACCGCCCCCGCCGCUCCGGCCGCCCCUGGGGGGUCCUGGGGCUCCUCCGGCCCGGGGGGGGACCCCCGAGAAGGACGGGGGGGGGCUUCGCCAUCCCCCUCCCGCUGCGGCCCCGCGGGGGUCCCGGGGGGGGUCCCGGGGGGUUCCGGGAGGUUUGCGGGGCCGUGGGGUUCGUGCUCCGGGACGUUCUGGGCUGCGGCUGCGACCCCGGGGGGGAACGGGGGGACCCGGGGGGGGCUGAGGACGGGGAGGAGCCGCCCCCGGGUCCGUCACGGGCGGAGGAGUCACCGCCGGGAGCCAAAUGUCACCUCGGGGGGGGCACGGGACCUUCCCGGGGGGAAUUUGGGGACGCGGGGGCGGCCGAGGAUCCGCCGGGAUCACCGGGAUCCGGGGGUCCCCUCGGGGGGGAGGCGGGGGGAGAUUCCCGAGGGGAGCGGGAGGGGCCGUGCCCGUCACCGGCCCCGGGCUCGAAGCGUCUCCGCCCCGAGGCCCCGAACGGCCCCGAAAUUCCCCCCGGGAAGCGCCCCCGGCCCCCCCCGCUCCUCCCCCCGUCCCUCUGGAGCUGCUCCGUCUGGCACCGGGUGUGGAGGGGCCGCCGCCGCCUCCGCCGCCGGCUCCGGGACCCCCGGGGGGGGCUCGGGGGGGAUCCCGGGGGGGGUCCUGGGGGAUGUCCCGGGGGGGGUCCCGGGCAGGACUCGCUGGCGCUGGAGCGGGCGGUGACCGAGGCCAUCGUGCGGGGGGACACCGGGGACCCCCCCGGGAACCCCCCCGGGGCCCCCCCGGAGCCGCUGCUUCGCUUCCAGGCCCGCGCCCGCCGGGGGGGGUCGCGCCGGGACCCCCAAGUGCUGCUGCGGCUCCGGCCCAUCCCCGACCCCCCCCCGCCGCUUUUCCACGAGUUUUUCCACUUCCUGAGGAGUUUUCUGCCCGAAAUGGUUCGGCAGCGCCUGGGAAUGGGCCGGGGGGAGGGGGGCGCGGGCCCCCCCGAGGCGGGGAGCGGGGGGGAACUUUGUACGUCCUGAGUUUCUCCAGUAAAACCCGUUUUGCAGUUGGCUCCUGCGUGGGGGGGUUUUGGGGACAAAACGGGGGGAAAAAAGGAGCUCUCGGGGACAAAAAUCCACCCUCUGUCCUUGGCGCGGGUUAUUCCUUAAAUUUCCCUAAUUUCUAAGUUGUGGAGGAUUUGGGGCCUCCCAGCACCGGCUCGGCUGGAAAUUGGAUUUAUUUCGAUGUUUCCUGUGGGUGUUUAACCCCGAAAACCAGAAAAUGGUGGGUGUUAAUAUU